AUGUCCUUUAAAUUGUAACAAAUUGUUAGGAACGACUUUGUGAAGAUUGCAAUAGAGGUUUUAUAAAGAAAUGGUAAUGAUUGUCAAGACACUUGUGGAAAUGGGUUUAAAUCUGAUUAAGAAGACUGCGAUGAUGGUAAUCACUUAUCUUUAGAUGGUUGUUCAGAUAUUUGCGAUAUUGAAAUGUAUUGGACAUGCUUUGAGGAUGAUCUCAAAAAAAGCUCCUGUGUUUAAAAUAUACCUCCUCAUUUUAAACUAAUAUUCUUAAAUUAAACAUAUAAUGUCUAAUAUGUCUAAUUAUAAUUUACUAAUAAAAUUAAACUAUUAUAUUCAUCUUAAAAUUUAACUCGAAACUUUAAAGCUUAACUUAUUGAUAUUGAUCCUUCUCAUUAUAUUAUCAGCGAUGUAUUAGUUAAUGAACCUGAUAAUUAGAGUGUGCAUGAGAUAAUUUAUUAAUUGCGAAUUGAAAUCUUAGAAUAAUAAACACAGGACAUUUUUCUACAAGUUCAAUUAAAUACUAUAUUGGUUGAUCAAGAUGAUUUUUAAGUUGAUAAUGAUAUUUCUACAAUUCGUCUCAAAAAUCCUGUUGUAUUAACAGCUGCUUAAAAGGAGAUUUCCCAUAACAUAAGCACUUAUAAUCUGGCUAUACUUAUUUUCCUUGGAAUAUCAAGUAUUAUUAUUUUGAUGUCUGGUCACCCUGCUGAAUGCUUCGAAAUCCUGGAUACAAUUUAAUUUUAAUCCAAUUUAAAAUUCAUUAACAUAGCCUUUCCAGAAAACCUGAUGAUAUACUUUGAAUCUUCUGAUGUUGUUACAAUUAUUCCUAUUUUAGAAAAAAUUGGGAUGUUAAAUUUAUGUUAAGAUCCUUUGGUAAAUUUUAGAACUAUGAUUAAUUUAUAUGGUUUUGUUAGUCAAAUUCUAUUAGGAACAAUAUUGCUUAUAUUAUCAUAUUGCUAUUUAAGAUUUAUAUUCAGAACUUGGUUUACUCAAAUAAGAAUUUUUAUUUAUGAUAAUAGAUCAAUACUUGUCUCCUAUAACUUUGCAUUAUUAAUACAUACAAUGAAUUAAUUUAGCUUAGGAUUACAUAAAAUUUUAUCAUAACAAGGGAUUGUUUAUAUUCUCUAAGUAAAUUGUUGGGAUUUAAUUUUUAAAACUUUACUUUAUCUGUUCUCUGAAAAAGAAAGCAAUCCGAGAAAUAUUGCAUAAACUAUAAUUGCAAUAAUCAUUUUAAUCUCAAUAGCAUCUUUGAUGUCUCUAUUUUUUUAGUAUUCCUUAUCUUAAUUGAAACCAAAUAAAUCUACAAAUUUUUGUCAUGAAGGCAUCAUAAUUGCCAAGAAAUUUUUAAUAUUAAUAAUGUUAAUAGGAUCUUAAGGGAAUCCUAUUGUGCAAUGUGUACUUAUUGCAUGUGUUAAUACUUGUUAU